UGCGGCGGGAUUCCCUGUCACGGGGAGCCCGCGAAAUUUUACGGAUACGAUAAUUUACAGAGACAGCCGCUUUUUACGAGCCAGCAAGAGGCCGAGCUGGUCCAAUAUCCUGACUGUAAAUCGUCCAGUGCUAAUAUUGGCGAGGAACCAGACCACUUAAAUCAGAGCUCGUCUCCCGCUCCAAUGUUCCCCUGGAUGAGACCGCAAGCAGCGCCUGGUAGGAGGAGAGGAAGACAAACAUACAGCCGUUUCCAGACUCUAGAGCUGGAAAAGGAAUUUCUGUUUAACCCUUAUCUGACAAGGAAGAGAAGGAUUGAGGUAUCCCACGCGCUAGGACUCACCGAGAGGCAGGUAAAGAUCUGGUUUCAGAACAGGAGGAUGAAAUGGAAAAAAGAAAACAACAAGGACAAAUUCCCCGCUUCCAGGCAGGAGGGAAAGGAAGGGGAGGCCAAAAAGGAACCACAUGAUGUGGAAGAAGACAGAGCCGAAGGCCAGACUAAUUAAAUUUUACCUUUUACCAUCAAUAAAAGACUUGAAAAUAAUGAUCCACUUAUGCUGGGAAACAUGGCCGGGAUUCUUUGUUGUAAAGGCCUUUACCUGUGUUUCAAGUUUUCUUGUCUCAUUCACUACGCUUGGAGUUUCUGUGCCCUGUGGUUGUUUUUUGUUUGUUUUUACUGUAUCAGGCCCAAUCUCUAGCUCAUGUACUCUUAUUUAAAAGGAAAUUGGAUACCGAAUUUGUAGCAAUAUAUUUUAAUUGCAAUGUUCAACGUUUAAAAGAUGCGUGAUUACUGUCAACAACA